AUGCUUGCACGGAAAGUGGAGGCGCACAAAGAAGAAUUCGCGAGACUGGAAACGACAUCGACUACACGUAUCACCCAGCUAGAAGCCGCUCUGGAAGUUGAGCACAAUAAGCUGAAGGAGUACGAGCUACUAGAGAUUGACUUGGACGGGGCUGUGCUGCUAGAAGCAAUGACCACGUUUGAGGCGAUCCCGACCACGACAAAGAGACGGUUCCAGCAGAGCGUGCUACUCGCCCAGAAAGUUGUCAAGUCGCAACGAGAAGCGAUCGCGCUCGAGCAAAAGCUGAACGAGGCGACAAGCGAUCGUACGAGACUCCAACGAGAGAUCACAGAGCUAAAGGCCAAACUAGUGACUUUCCACCAGCCUCAGUCGUAUCUGCUCGACAAGUUAACACGGCGAGAGCAAGAGCUUCAAAGUGCAGUGCGGAGAUACAAGGAGACCCAGUCGCAGCUUCAGCAGCUAAGAGCUCAAUUUCAACAGUCCCAGGAGGCAAACUCGUCACUGCAGCAGCAACUCAAGCAUCUUCUGUCUUGUCGUAGAGAUCUCAGUGCGCUCAAGACCACAGCCUCUCCACCGCCGUCUAUAGCCUCGAAAAUGACCCAACCGCCGACCCCACAGCGCCAAACGGACGAGUUGAACUCCGUCCGAGCUGCAUCUGAAGCAUCCGGCUCCUCAUCAAGCAUUUCAAGCACCCCGAGGUGGUACACGAAGCUUCGAGUGCCUGCACAGCAGCAAACACAGCAGUAGAUGGCAGAACACUCGAGCGCUACCCACGCGGUUUAAAAAAACCGAUGCUCGUAGUCAGGGGCGUUUCUAGACCAAAAAUAUGGGGGGACAGCCUCCAUUUGUAAGUAGAUCCGCCACUGCUCGUAGUCGUUGCCGCCUUUUGUUGGAACCGAGCUCAAGUGGUGAUGCAAGUCGUGUCGGCACCUAAAUUGAGAGAGCCAUCCUAAA